AUGGAAUGGACCAUUAAGAGGGAACGAAGAAAAGAGUGUUUGGUUGGUCGAUGGAAUGAAAUCGCCCAUUUCAAAAUGCAUUUCAUUCCUCAAAUCAUUCCAUCUCUCCCCCCUAUUUUUUCCAUUCCAUUUUGUCUUCACCCUUCAUUAACAACACCACAACCUACUACUGUUGCCACCACCCACCACCACUGCCAACCGCCGUCGUCGCCCACCUUCACCGCCACCCGCCACCCGCCACCGCCACCGCCGCCACCGCCAUCACCCGCCACCGUCAUUGACACCACCUACCUCCAUCCCCGCCACCGCCGUCGCCGCCAUCCACCAUCGUCGUUGCCACCUCCGAUCACCGCCACCACCAGGGGCGGACCUAGAGAUCCGCCACUGGCCACCACCCACCUUCGAUCAUCGCCGCCACCAAUGUCGCUGCCACCUCCGAUCACCGCCGCCGUCGCCACCCACCUCCCCGUCGCUAUCAACCACCACCCACCGCCACCACCUGCCACCACCGCUACCACCCCUGACCACCGUCGCCACCCACCUUCGUUGUCACCCACCACCACCACCGCUGUCAUCACCCGUUGCCGUCUCCAAUCGCCGCCGUCUCCACCCACCACCGCCGCCGCUACAACUUCCGCAUAUCACCACCCACCAUCGCUGCCCACAUUGACCACCGCCAUACGAUUUUAUUCCUUCGUUGUUUCUCACACACCAAACAACAAAAAGUAA